AUGGUCAUCCUGGAGAGUCGUGAGGGUCGGGAGGCGCCCCCACCCGCGCCGGUCGCUAGUCCGGGGCCGCGUCCCUCGCCGCCAGCGAGCCAUGGCUUAAAAGGACAAGAAGAUUACAUUUAUCUUUUCAAGGAUUCGUCGCAUCCAGUGGAUUUUCUGGAUGCGUUCAGAACGUUUUACGUGGACGGAUUGUUUACCGAUAUUACCCUUCAGUGUCCUUCAGGCAUAAUCUUCCAUUGCCACCGGGCCGUCUUAGCUGCCUGCAGCAAUUAUUUUAAGGCCAUGUUCACAGCUGACAUGAAAGAAAAAUUUAAAAGUAAAAUCAAACUGCCGGGCAUCCACCAUGAUAUUUUGGAAGGCCGCGUAAAUUAUGCGUAUACUUCCCAAAUUGAAAUAACUAAGAGAAAUGUGCAGAGCCUUCUGGAAGCAGCCGAUCUGCUGCAGGUCCUCUCAGUAAAGAAGGCUGGCGAGCAGUUUUUGGUCAGGCACCUGGAUAUUGAUAACUGUAUCGGGAUGCACUCCUUUGCGGAAUUCCAUGUGUGCUCAGAACUAGAGAAGGAGUCUCGAAGAAUUCUGUGCUCGAGGUUUAAGGAAGUGUGGCAACAAGAAGAAUUUCUGGAAAUCAGCCUUGAAAAGUUUCUCUUUAUCUUGUCCAGAAAGAACCUCAGUGUCUGGAAGGAAGAAGCUAUCCUGGAACCAGUCAUUAAGUGGACUGCUCAUGACGUAGAGAACAGGAUCAAAUGCCUAUACAACCUAUUGAGCUAUAUCAACCUAGAUAUAGACCCGGUGUACUUAAAGACAGCGUUAGGCCUCCAAAGAAGCUCUCUCUUAACAGAAAAUAAGAUCCGUUCCCUGAUAUACAAUGCCUUGAAUCCCAUGCAUAAAGAGAUUUCCCAGAGGUCCACAGCCACCAUGUACAUUAUUGGAGGCUAUUACUGGCAUCCCUUAUCAGAGGUCCACAUAUGGGAUCCUCUGACAAAUGUGUGGAUCCAGGGAGCAGAAAUACCAGAUUAUACCAGGGAGAGUUACGGUGUCACGUGCUUAGGGCCCAACAUCUAUGUGACCGGAGGAUACAGGACAGAUAACAUAGACGCUCUUGACACAGUGUGGAUCUAUAACAGCGAAGGUGAUGAGUGGACAGAAGGCUUGCCGAUGCUCAACGCCAGGUAUUACCACUGUGCGGUCACCCUGGGGGGCUGUGUGUACGCGCUGGGCGGUUACAGAAAAGGCGCCCCUGCAGAAGAGGCCGAGUUCUAUGACCCACUGAAAGAGAAGUGGCUUCCCAUCGCAAACAUGAUUAAAGGUGUGGGGAAUGCUACUGCCUGUGUCCUACAUGAAGUUAUCUAUGUCAUCGGCGGCCACUGUGGCUAUAGAGGAAGCUGCACGUAUGACAAGAUUCAGAGCUACAAUUCAGAUAUCAACGAAUGGAGCCUUAUCACUGCUAGCCCACACCCAGAAUAUGGCUUGUGCUCAGUUCCAUUCGAAAACAAGCUUUACUUGGUCGGCGGACAAACCACGAUCACGGAGUGCUAUGACCCGGAGCGGAGGGAGUGGAGAGAGACGGCGCCCAUGCUGGAGAGGAGGAUGGAGUGCGGGGCUGUCAUCAUGAACGGAUGCAUCUAUGUAACGGGAGGGUACUCUUACUCAAAAGGCACGUACCUCCAGAGCAUCGAGAAGUACGACCCCGAACUCAAUAAGUGGGAAAUAGUGGGCAACCUCCCGAGUGCCAUGCGGUCGCACGGGUGCGUUUGUGUGUAUAAUGUCUGAUGGAGUCCACGGGACUCGG